UGUUCCAAUUAACUCCUCUCCUCUUCUCUCUUCUUCUCCUUCUCUUCCUCUCACUCCUCUCCUCUCUCUGCUCCAUUCUUGAAAUCUGAUCCAGAAUUCCAGAUUCCGUACGGGGGCGACGCACCCCAGGCUGAUCGUUCGCCGCCGCCGAUCCCCCGCGACCUUGGGGGGAAUUCGAUCGCGGUUUGGUUUGAUCCCGAGGAGGAGGAGGAGGCGAAUCGGAUGGUGUAGGGGGGGAGGGGAGGUAUUGUUGGGUGGGGAGAGCGGCGGCCAUGCAUCUGUCGCUAUGGAAGCCGCUGGCCCACUGCGCCACGCUGCUCAAGGACAAGAAGAGCCGGCCGCCGCGGCCGCCGGCGGCGGGGGCGGGGGGAAGCGGGCGGCGGCUGCAGGAGAGUAAGCUGCGGGAGGCGCUGGAGGAGGCGUCGGAGGACGGGUCCCUCGCCAAGUCCCGCGACGCGGCGCUCCUCCUCGACGACGACGGAGGGGGCGGCGGCGGGGAGGAGGGCUCCGGCGUCGGGCGGUCCCGGUCGCUGGCGCGGCUCCACGCGCAGCGGGAGUUCCUGCGCGCGACGGCGGUGGCCGCGGAGCGCGCGUUCCUGUCACCCGAUGCGCUCCCGGCGCUCGAGGAGGCGCUCGAGACGUUCCUGUCCAUGUACCCCAAGUACUCGUCGUCGGCGGACGUCGACCGCCUCCGCGCCGACGAGUACCCGCACCUGGACAAGGUAUGUCUCGACUACUGCGGCUUCGGCCUCUUCUCCUACCUCCAGAGCUGCAACCCUGCCGACUCCACCGCGUCGUUCACGCUGUCGGAGAUCACCGCCAACCUCAGCAACCACGCGCUCUACGGCGCCGCCGAGAAGGGCACCUGCGAGCACGACGUGAAGACCCGCAUCAUGGAGUACCUCAACAUCCCGGAGUCCGAGUACUGCCUCGUCUUCACGGUCAGCCGCGGCUCGGCGUUCCGGCUGCUCGCCGAGUGCUACCCCUUUGGCACCAACAAGCGGCUGCUCACCAUGUUCGACCAUGAGUCCCAGUCCGUGAAUUGGAUGGCGCAGUCCGCUCGCGACAAGGGGGCCAAAGCCUACUCCGCCUGGUUCAAGUGGCCUACACUCAAGAUCUGCUCCACCGAGCUCCGGAAGCUGAUCUCAACAAAGAAGCGGCGGCGCAAGAAGGAUUCUGCCACUGGGCUGUUCGUGUUCCCGGUUCAAUCGAGGGUGACCGGGGCGAAGUAUUCGUAUCAAUGGAUGGCAUUGGCGCAGCAGAAUCACUGGCAUGUCCUGCUGGACGCUGGGGCAUUGGGGCCUAAGGACAUGGACUCGCUGGGUCUGUCUUUGUUCCGGCCAGACUUCAUCAUCACAUCAUUUUACAGGGUGUUUGGAGCUGACCCGACGGGUUUUGGCUGCUUGCUGAUCAAGAAGUCGGUCAUGUCGUGCUUGCAAAACCCAAAUGGUGGGACGGGCACUGGGAUGGUGCGGAUCAUGCCAGUAUUCCCUCAAUAUUUGAGUGAUUCGGUCGAUGGGUUUGACGGUGUCCUGGAUGGUCUUGAGGAUGAUACGAUCAUCCCAGUCGAGGAGGAUUCAGCGUCGAACAGUCUACAUGCACCGCACUUGCCUGCAUUCUCAGGCGCUUAUUCAUCAGCUCAGGUGAGGGAGGUGAUCGAGGAUGAAAUGGACCAGGACAGCUCUGAUAGGGAUGGUGCCAGCACGAUAUAUGAGGAGAAUGAGAGUGUUUCUGUAGGGGAGGUGAUGAAGAGCCCAGUGUUCAGUGAGGAUGAGUCAUCGGAGAACUCUUUCUGGGUUGAUUUGGGUCAGAGUCCGCUUGGUUCGGACCAUUCAGAACAGUCAAGCAAGGUGAAGUUAGGAUCUCCACUUCCAUCGUCUUGGUUUUCUGGCAGGAAGAAUGUGAAGAAGGCAUCACCAAAGGUUCCAUCCAAACUAGGAAGGAGCCCUACUGGUGACAACCAUGUUGUGUCGUUUGAUGCAGCUGUGAGAUCAGUAUCACAAGAGCUAGAGCAUGUGAAGGAGUUUCCUGAGGAAGAUUGUUCACAAAAUGGUAUAAAGAAUGUUGUUCCAAUCAAGAUCAGUGAGAUUGAAGAAGAUCAAGAUGGUAAACAGAACAAAAGGUUUGUAAAGUUCUCUUGUGCUAAUGGCCCUGCAGAAGGUAGCUCAACCUCUGUUUUUGGGGGCUGUGCCACCCGUGUGAAUGGCUCCACUUCGGAGAUCUGUUCAGAAACCAAAGAUAGUGCAAUCAGAAGGGAAAAUGAAGGAGACUUCCGUCUACUAGGAAGGAGAGAGGCACAUCAUAGCAGAUUCAAUGGUGGUAGGUUUGUUGGAGUGGAAGAACCAGAGCAAGUGCCAAGUAUGGGCCGCAAGGUAUCAUUCAGCAUGGAGGAUAGCAGGCUGUGCCGCAAUUCAGAAAAUGCAGAAACAUCUGGAUAUGCAAUGGCAGAUGAUGAUGAUGAAGAAGAAGAAUACAGUGAUUAUGAUGAUGUUCAGGAUGGCAGGCGAGAGCCCGAAAUUAUCUGCAAGCAUCUUGAUCAUGUGAACCAGCUAGGUCUCAGUAAGACUACACUAAGACUGCGGUACCUUAUCAAUUGGUUGGUGACCUCACUACUGCAACUUCGAUUGCCUGAUUCUGGAGAUGGUGAAGGUGCAUCCCUUGUUUACAUCUAUGGUCCAAAGAUCAAAUAUGAACGAGGAGCAGCAGUUGCCUUCAAUAUAAAGGACUGUGGUACUGGAACAUCACUGAUCAAUCCUGAAACUGUACAAAAACUGGCAGAGAAAGAAGGACUCUCUCUAGGCAUUGGCUUUCUUAGUCAUAUUCGCAUCAUGGACAACCAAAAACAAGGGGUGGUUGAUGUGGGUCUCAGUUCUUCUCUGUGUCGGCCUACGUCAAACGGCCGCCGUGAGAAGAAAAGCAGCAAAAAUGAUAUAGUUGGGAUUGAAGUGGUUACAGCUUCUCUUGGGUUCCUCACAAACUUUGAGGAUGUAUACAGGUUGUGGGCAUUCAUUGCAAAAUUUCUGGAUUCAUCAUUUCUUGAGCAACAGAGGCUAUCAUCGAUUCCUGAGGAUUCAGAGAGAUAGUACUUAGAGGGUUUCAGUUAUUCCUGUUACAACUACAUACAUACAGGAGGAUGGUGGCGGCAAAAAAUGCAAGUGCAAUGACAUAGAAGAGAUGUCAAGAAGCUUUUGCUUGGAGCUUUUGUAUCCCAAAAUGACUUGGCAUAAAGGGGCAAUACUUGUGGUGCGGCUGGUAUAUUUCUUUGUUAUUCUUUUUCCCUUUCUCUAGGUAUGCAGCUUUUUUGCUUGUAGAUUUUGUUCAAGAUUUAUAUGUGUCACCUAAUUAUUUUGAGCAGCAUCUUUUCCAUGUACUUGUUUGUAAAGUGGCUCCAUUGGCCAUGAAGUAAGCUUGCUUGUAUGAUUCUUGCAACAUGAAUAGCAUGGUGAUAGCCUGAUAGGUGAUCAGCCUCUUUUCA